GUGACGUUUAUUUCCUGCGACGGAGCCCCCAGUCACCCAAACAAGCGUGAACUGUUGGAAACAGAAACCCUGGUUGCGAGGCCGAAGGCAAACGAUGAUAAAAUGCCACUCUGUUGGCUUAUUAGCGAGGAGGGGAAUCAUAAACCCAUCCAGCUCCCUCAUUUACAGACUGUUGUGUUGGGGCGAGGGCCAGAAACAACCAUCAAAGACAAAAAAUGCUCUCGGCAGCAAGUGGAGCUGAAAGCAGAAUGCAACAAAGGUUAUGUCAAAGUUAAACAGUUCAAAGAGGAUCCCACUGGCAGCCAAAGUGGAACAAAAAGGCAGCGAGAGUCCACUUCAGAGGACCGAGAGAGCCAGAGGGACGCUCAGAGUAUGAAAGCAGACAAACAAACAGAAAGGAUCUCAGUGUCAGUCAGUCACGCUGAUUCCCCAAAAACAAAUUUGCAGGAAAAUGCUGGACACUGGAGUCAAGGCCUUAAGACAUCAAUGCAAGACCCCAAGAUGCAGGUGUACAAGGAUGAUAAAGUGGUCGUUAUUAAAGAUAAAUACCCCAAAGCUCGCCACCACUGGCUUGUGCUCCCGUGGCAGUCAAUUCCCAGCCUGAAGGCUUUGCGCACUGAGCACUGUGAUCUGGUGAAACACAUGCAGAAAGUUGCUGACCAAAUGAUUCAACAGCGCCCAGAUUGUAGUUCGGUGCAGUUCCGCACGGGAUACCACGCCAUCCCAAGCAUGAGCCAUGUUCACCUCCACGUGAUCAGCCAAGACUUUGACUCACCUUGUUUAAAGAACAAAAAGCAUUGGAACUCAUUUACAACAGAUUACUUCAUUGAGUCUAAGGAUGUCAUUCAGAUGCUUGAAACUGAUGGAAAAGUCACUGUGAAAGAAGGCACCAGUGAGUUGUUGAAGCUACCUCUCCGCUGCCACGUGUGUUGCAAAGAGCUUCCCACUAUACCGGCACUGAAGGAACACCUGAAGUCUCAUUUCUGAGAUAACAAUGUGACUGUAACUCAUGCUCAUGCUCUUUCAUUGAUCACAUAUCUCAUGUUAACUUUUUUUUAUAGUAUAGAUUCAUUCUUUUGUACAAUGUUAAGUUCCUGUAGCUUCCAUAAUUAUUGGCCUGAUUACAAAUUCCAAAGGUCUUCAAUGUUUGUUGCUUUUUCAGCUUUUUAGGGUUUUCCAGUUUAAUAGGAAAUUGAGUGUCAAGCUACAAAACGUUCAAGGUAAAUGCCAUCAGUGUAAUGCAAGGUCAUGGAUUUCAUUUAGUGUUAAUACCAUUUCAAACAUGUUAAAAUAUUUUGCAAUAAAUAUUUUCUAAGAACUAAAUACUGCCUAUAUCUUUUCAAUUAAAGUUGCCUCUUUUAAGUCCUGCAGUGCAUCAAGUUUAGACUGAUUUUUAAUGCAGAUUUACAGAAAACAAAGGAAGCUGUCGAUGUAUUGUACUGGGAAUGCAUUAACUCUCUUUCAGAGCCGGCACAGCUGCCACAGAAAUCAACAUUUGUUUCAAAAAGUAUAAAAGAAACCUUUCGAACUUACAGGUUUUUAUAUAAGGAAAAAUAGCUUGCUGGAAAAAAACUGUACUGCUUUGAUGUGUUGAAAUAGUAGCAGACAGUCAAAUAACACAUUGGUACUUGGGAGAACUUUUUUGUACUUUUUCUUUGCUGCUAUUACAGUACUCCUUUAGCAAAUAACAGUUAAAGCUUGCUCAGCCACCUAAUGCUAAUACCUACGUCUCCGUAUUUUGAUUCUCAUUCUAAUUAUGUGAUUGAGAAAUCUGUUUAAACCAUUACCAGAGCACAGCCUCUUUACUCCCGCACACUCGCAGUAUCUCUAGUGACACCAAUUAUUUGCAUAUCCUCCUUCACUACAUUCAAGAACCUCUUCUGUGGCCUUCCUUCGUGUUCUCCUGCCUUGAAGCUCCAUAUUCAACAUGCUUUGUACAAUACAUC